AUGUCUUCCCGACCAUACUCAACUCUUCACUCUCCUGACGCUCCUUUUUCAAACCCUCAGGCAUCACAAUACUCUCUCCACACACCCGUGGACCACAACAACAAUAACCCAUUCUACAGCUCAAUGCACCCGCAGGAAGCAACCCAAGCACCCAUCGGAACACAAGAAAACGACAUUCCCAUGAAGAACUACAGCAGCACCGAAUAUCCGUCUCCCUCCGGCACACCCGCACCAAACUACGUCUCCCCCUCCGGCACACCCGCACCCGGCUACCCCAGUCCCCAAGGCUCGCCCGCACCAGACUACAGCGGCCCUUCAUCAUCCUCACAAUCACCCUACGUCCCGCUCUCAAACCUCCCAUCAUUCCCGCCUCCCCCAACCAGCGAGACAUACCCGGGCCCCGCAACAUCACCUCCACCGACCCACAACCUCCCGCCCGUUCCCCCAGAGCCCGCAUACAACAGCCGCGCCGCGGCCGCAGACCGCCCAAUUACGCCAAAGACACCCGUAUAUACGCCAUCGGGAGCAAGCGGACCUAACGGCGGUGUACAUGCGCCGGGGCAGAUCGGGCACCCGAACCAGCAGCAUGGAAGGGAGGAGUAUCAGCACGGGAUGUGCGACUGUUUUGGCGAUAUCGGGACUUGCUGCACCGGUUACUGGUGCCCGUGCAUUCUCUACUCGCGCACAAAGCACAGAGUCAAGACCUCACCGGACAGCAACAUCAACGAGUUCAAAGCCUUUAACCCGCACUGCAUGGCCUUCUGCGCGCUCGCUCCCGUAGCUUGGGUCUUCACCAUGCUCCAGCGCACCCGCAUCCGAGAGAAAUACCAGCUCGAGGGCAGCAUCGCCAACGACUGCGGAAAAGCUUACUGCUGCGGCCCGUGUACGCUCAUCCAGGACGAGCGGGAAGUCACCAAGCGGGAAGACGAGAGGAGCCGCUUUGCGGGCCCGAGCAAAGACAUGAACGUCGGCGGGUACAAGAAGACACAGACUAUGGUCUACGGCCGAGUCGAUGUUUAA